AUGGCUAGCGAUGCCAAAUUUUUCGCCCGAGGAAAGAUUCAGGAGUUCCGGAAGGAGCUCGAAGAGGCCGAGUCGACAAAGGACAAGAAAUUCAUUAAGCGAAAGACGGUACUCAAGAAGAUAGUAGCCAAUAUCACUAUGGGGAACGACAUGUCAGCACUCUUCCCCGACAUCAUUCGAUGCAUGCCGAUCCAAGUCCUGGAAAUCAAGAAGAUGGUUUAUCUUUUCCUUGUGAGCUAUGGUCGCAGUAAACCUGAUAGUAUCUCAAUCGCCAUGCCGUCCCUUCUCACCGAUUGUAAUGAUCGGAAUCCCCUGAUUCGUGCCCUUGCAAUACGGACGAUGUCUUACAUACCGCUACCCAUUGUUCUCAGCGGUCUUCGUGAACCAUUGCGGCAUUGCUUGAAGGAUGCAGAUCCUUAUGUUCGGAAGACGGCGGCGAUCUGCGUAGCCAAACUAUGGAUCCACGAUGCUCGUAUUGUGGAGAAAGAGAGCUUCAUCACUCAGUUACGUGACUUGCUGGCAGACCCCAAUCCCACGGUCGUCGCAAACGCUGUAGCAGCGUUAACUGAGAUUAGCGAAAGAAGUGAUGAGAUAACCCUGAAGCUCAAUAUCACUGUCGCGAGCAAACUGCUGACAGCGUUGGCCGAAGCAUCAGAAUGGGGGCAGGUAUACAUACUAGACUCACUAAUGUACUUCGUCCCCCAAACACAUGACGAGGCUGAACUGCUAGCUGAACGAAUAUCCGUCCGCCUCCAGCACGCAAAUUCUGCGGUAGUGUUGACGUCAAUAAAAGUAAUCCUAUACUUGAUGAACUACAUGGGUAAUUCGGAGCUCAAAGAUUCUCUAUGUCGGAAAAUGGGGCCUCCUUUAGUUACGUUACUAUCGGCUGGCCCUGAAGUCCAAUAUGUAGCGUUACGCAAUAUUUUGCUAGUCAUACAAAGGCGGCCAGCCAUACUGCGGGACAGUGUGAAGGUCUUCUUCUGCAAAUACAACGACCCCGUGUACAACAAAUUAGCCAAGCUGGAAAUUAUGUACCGCCUGUCUCAUGCCGAGAAUGCGAAGAUUAUCCUUGCGGAGUUGCAGGAGUAUGCCACGGAGGUUGAUAUCGAUUUCGUCCGCAAGUCCGUGCGCACUAUCGGUCGGCUUGCAAUCAAGGUUCCAGCGGCUGCAGACCUGUGCAUUCAGACUUUGCUACAACUUCUCGAAACAAAAAUUUCCUACGUCAUUCAGGAAGUUGUCGUGGUCAUCCGCGACAUCUUUCGACGCUACCCAAACAAAUAUGAAUCAAUCAUCCCCACCUUGUGCGAGAACAUGAAUGAAUUAACGGAUCCUGAACCAAAAGCCGCCAUCAUAUGGAUCAUCGGCCAGUAUGCAGAUCGGAUCGAAAAUGCCACGGAGUUACUUGAUGAGCUCGCUUUCUCUUUCCUCGAGGAGCAGACUGAGGUUCAGCUCGCCCUCCUCACCGCUGUAGUUAAGUUAUUCAUCCAAAAACCCGAUGCCUCAAAAGAACUAGUGUCCAAAGUCCUGCGCAUUACGACAGAAGAGAUUGAUAACCCGGACCUUCGCGAUCGUGGCUUUAUCUACUGGAGACUUUUAUCCACGAACGCCACCGCUGCCAAGGUGAUUGUCUUGUCCGACAAGCCGCCAAUCUCCACCGAGACGGACAGAAUGGAUAGAGGGACAUUAGAUCAACUCCUGCUACAUACCGGUACCUUGGGUUCCAUUUACCACAAGAAUCCCGAGACCUUCAUUCGGUCAGCAAAAGGAAAGCAACUUCCUGACAGCCCUGCAUUGAAUUCUGCAUCUCGCGCAGUGCUUAUCCGAUUGCCUGAUGAAUCGGAUCUGGGGCCCCGACGAAUGCCAGAAUAUCGACCGACGCCUGGGGGACCGUCAGACUUUGCUGCUGUUCAUCAAGGACUUCUCAUUGGACCGGACAAUACAACAGGAGUUGCAGGGGAUGAUAUGGACCCUCCAGAACAAGAAGAGUCUCUUCUUGGGAGCCGUGAUGCUGGUGAUGAAGCAGCCAAUACCGAUCACGAAUUCACUCCGUCCCCGAUGGCGACAACUCCUAAUUUCGCUAGUGAGAGUCCCAACGUACCGGUUCAAGCGGCUUACGAUCCCUAUGCCAACCUUGAUGGCCUUUUCCGAACUCCUCAGCCGCUAAACGUCCCUGCAACAAACGGAAGGAGGGGUCCUCAAGAUGAUCUACUGCUCUGA